AUGAAGAUCACUUUCAAGGAUCUGAAGCAGCAAAAGUUCACGCUCGAGGCUGAACCGAGCGAAACGAUUGGUGCCUUGAAGCAGAAGGUCGAGGCAGAGAAAGGCUGGGAUCCCAAGUCGCAGAAGCUCAUCUAUUCCGGCAAGAUCUUGAAGGAUGACGAGACCAUCGGAUCCUACAACAUUGAGGAGAAGGGCUAUGUGGUCUGCAUGGUGAACAAGCCUAAGCAAGAAAAGCCUGCCGCAGCUCCUCCUGCCACACCGGCUCAGCCCUCGACUUCGACACCAGCCGCGCCUGCUGCCCCGGCGCAGGCACCUUCCAGCGGCGCCGCCGCCGUCUCUGCAACUCCCACACCCAACCGAUCGGCCGAGGCCCCCGCCAGCUCCGAUACUUCUGGUCUGGCCAUGGGGAGCGCGAGAACCGAGGCCAUCGCGAACAUGGAGGCCAUGGGUUUCGAGCGUGCUCAGAUUGAGGCGGCAAUGCGUGCCGCUUUUAACAACCCCGACCGUGCCGUCGAAUAUCUUCUAACCGGCAUCCCCGACAACAUCCAGCAAGAACAACAGCAGCGUCAGCAACAACAGCAACAGCAGCAGCAAGCGGCUGAUCCAGCCCCCGUUGCUGCUGAACAACAGGGCAGCACCGGCGAUGACGGCUCGGUCAAUCUAUUCGACUUGGCAGCUCAGCAAGGUGGUGGUGCUCGAUCGGGCGGUGGCAACCAGGCUGCUGCCGCCGCCGCCGCCGCCGCGGCUGCUGCUGGUGGUCAAGGAGGGGACCUCGGGAACCUGGACUUCUUGCGCAACAAUGCUCAGUUCCAGCAGCUUCGCCAAGUCGUUCAACAGCAGCCCCAGAUGCUGGAGCCUAUUUUGCAACAGCUCAGUGCUGGCAACCCUCAACUUGCCCAGCUGAUAGCAUCUCACCCGGACCAGUUCCUCCAGCUUCUGAGUGAAGACGCGGGCGCCGAUGACGUGCCCCUGCCCCCCGGCGCGCAGACCAUUCCCGUAUCCGAAGAAGAGCGCGACGCAAUUGAGAGACUGUGCCGUCUUGGAUUCGAUCAAGAAUCGGCUAUUCAAGCCUACUUUGCUUGUGACAAGAAUGAAGAGCUAGCGGCCAAUUUCCUCUUUGAUCAGCCCGAAGACGACGACGACCAACCUCCUACCCAGCGAUAA